UGUGCGUCUCUCCCGCCAUCUUUCCAGCCGGCGUCCAGGAGAAGAACACGUUGCUGGAAAAAAAAUAAGUUUCACUCCCAAUUAUUUGUGUCUAAACGUAGCAACGCGUGUAUUUUCGUCAAAGCAGGGGAACAGGAGCCGAAGAGGGCUCCACAGGUGCUAGCGUCCGUCAUUCCAGCCCUCCAUCAUGGCGGAUAAAAACACCAGGAUUGCCAUCGUCAACCAUGACAAAUGCAAACCUAAGAAAUGCCGCCAGGAGUGCAAGAAGAGCUGCCCAGUUGUCCGCAUGGGUAAGCUGUGUAUCGAGGUGACUCCACAGAGUAAGAUUGUCUGGAUCUCAGAGUCUCUGUGUAUAGGCUGCGGCAUCUGCAUCAAGAAAUGUCCGUUCGGAGCCUUGUCGAUCGUCAACCUGCCCAGCAACCUGGAGAAGGAAACCACACACAGAUACUGCGCCAACUCCUUCAAACUGCAUCGGUUGCCUAUCCCCAGGCCCGGUGAGGUGCUGGGGCUGGUGGGGACCAACGGUAUCGGCAAGUCCACAGCUCUGAAGAUCCUGGCUGGAAAACAGAAACCCAACCUUGGCAAGUUUGAUGUGAGUCUUAAAACUUCCUGCUGUCUCCCCCCCACAGAACACAAGAGCGAGGCGGUAACGCUGCUGGGGUUUGAAAGCACACAGUACAAAGCGGUGCUGUGCUGAUGAGAUAAAGCGGGU